AUGGAGAAAAUGCAUUUCGCUACACUCCAGAUCUCAGACGCUCUCGCUGAGCAGCUUUCUAGACAGGACGAGGAGGAUCUGUCCAUCCGCGAGUAUAUUCAAUUGUCCAUUCAUUCCAAGGUGCGAAAGCUCGAAUCGGAGCUAGAACGCUGUCGACAGGAGGUGGAAACUUUGGAAAAGAUCAGCAGCGCAGAUAAAGCCGCCGCGGCUGGUGCCUCAGAUGAGAUUGCACAAGUGCAACGCAUCGCUGAGGCAAAGGAGAGGCGACUACAACAUGAACUAGAGCUAUCCGAGGCAACCCGACAGGAACUGGAGAACCAGAUCAAAGCUUUGGUCGACCAAGUUGACGGAAUGAAGGAGGAACAGCGACGCAACGAGGAGAUUUACAGCGACCAAAGAGUGGAGCGAUUUGUCGUCUUUUACUAUUCCAGAGUGCACAAUAUAUCAAGCGUGGAUGCUUUGGCAGUGUGGCUCACCUGGUACGCAUAUCCCCCACUUCGGCUCGUCGAACCCUGUCAGCUCGCCAGUAAGAAUGCCAAGAAGAGGCUGAGUGACUUUGUCUACUUGAACAGAUCCAUCGAGAAAUGA